AUGAAGGUGGCCGACCAAAUGGACAGAAUAAAGACGACCAAAUUCAAGCAGCAUCACCAAGAUCUAUGGUGGUCGCAAGCGCAAUGGUGUUACUGCCGUGCCGUUGAUAGUGCCGCCCAUAUGACUCUCCAGGCCCUCGAGCACGCCCGCCGUGUCGAAAAGCAACCAGAGGGUGGCCGCAAGUUCAGCUCCAUCGCACAGCGGGAUUUGGAUCGCAUCGCCAACCAGACUGUGGUCAAGCAGACUGCCAAGCAGACGGGGUCCCCCUGUCACUCCCAACUAAAAGUGGAUUGCACAUCCAAUCGAAGUCUAUAA